UCUCUCUCUCUAUCUCCUUUUUGUUAUUGGGUUAGUUUCGUCUCUCUUACCUCACUGAUCACAUUUUUUCUUCUUUCUCCGUAACUCUCUCACUCUCACCUCCCAAAUUCCCCUCUUUCUCCUUCCCAUCGUCACAACUCUCUGAUUCUCUAUCUCUCCACCACACGAUAACAAUGGUGGAUCAUCAAACCGUUUGCUGCAUGUGCGGUGACGUUGGUUUCCCUGACAAGCUUUUCCGUUGCAACAAAUGCCGCAACCGCUUCCAACACUCGUAUUGUAGCAACUACUACGGAGAACAAGCGGAGAUAGAACAGUGCGAUUGGUGCCAAAGCGAGGAGAAGAAUUCAAGACAUACAGUUUCAAAUUCAAAGAAACCAGCGACGGAGAUCGUCGGAGCAACAACGAACCGUUCGGAAUAUUCCGGCGAGAAAAUAAUGAAACAGCAUGACCGCGAAGAGAGUGGCUCUGAAAAAGGAAAGAGUCCUUCUCCGUCGCCGCGAACCGCCACACGUAGGUACAAGCUUCUCAAGGAUGUAAUGUGUUAGAUAAUCGCAAUCGUAAUCGUGAACGUGAACAAGAAGAAGAUAGAUGAUAAUGAUGAUGAUGAAGAUAAUGAAAAAUAGGUGACUUUUGUGUUAAGAAGAUGUGUGUGUUUUGUUUAUGUCUAUAUAGCGUGUAGUGUGAUUGCAACAAAUUAAAGAGUGUGUUUUCUAUGAGUGUUUUUCUCAACUUCUUCUCUUGUUAUGAGUGGCUUUUCAGCAAGUUGUGAAUAAUAAAAAAACUAUCUAGUAACUUUCAAUCUA